AUGUCGAGCCCCAAUUACUACAAGACUCUAGGCAUCGCCCAAGAUGCCACCCAACAACAGAUCCGCAAUGCUUAUAAAAGGGAAUCACUAAAGUCCCACCCCGAUCGAGUCCCUGCGGAUUCACCGGAGCGACCCUCGCGCACACGAAAGUUCCAGGAAAUCAACGACGCCUAUUACACCCUAUCAGACCCCGCGCGCCGCCGGGAAUAUGACGCUACUCGCGCAUACCAGGCAGCCGAAGAGGAAGCAGAAGCAGAAGUCCCACCAACAGGCGGUUUCCCCUGGUCCAGCUUUGGAUUCGGCGGGAACCGCGAUGACCGCGACAACGACCAGUUCGGGUCCGUCUUUGAAGAGAUGCUGCGCGAAGAGGGUCUCGCCGAGGAGAACGAGGGAGAAGGCGGACGGCGGACUCGCCCAACCGGGCGAUUCUGGGCACUGGUUGGCGGUGUCAGUGGUGGUGCUAUGGGCUUCAUUGUGGGCAAUUUGCCUGGUGCGCUGGCUGGCGCUGUUGCGGGUAAUCGUCUCGGCGCGAUCCGCGAUGCUAAGGGCAAAAGUGUCUAUGAGGUUUUCUUGGACCUUCCAGUGCCGGAUCGGACGCGCCUCCUGAGUGAGCUUGCGGCUAGGGUCUUCCAGUCCACUAUGGGACGCUGA